CGGCGGUAGAUUAGGUUCGCGGGUCGAAGCAGCCACUGCCGCUCCUGCACCCUGUGGGAAGCACCUGCUGCCGCCGCCGUCUCCUUCGUCCCUUCUGGGGCAGGGUUGGAGCCAGAUUUCCAACCUCCCUAAUAGACCUCCUUGGAGCUCCUUCAGCCAGUUCAAUGGCGUCCUCGAUGACUGUGCCUCUAGGAUUUCAUUAUGAAACAAAGUACGUUGUUCUCAGCUACCUGGGACUUCUCUCUCAGGAGAAACAGCAAGGCCACUCACUCCAAGGAGUUCAACUAGAUGUCGCUCCACAGUCUCUGAAUCCAGAAGUUUUAUUAAAACUUAAAUCUGAGAUUGAGGAAGAACUGAAAUCCUUGGACAAAGAAGUCUCUGAAGCCUUUACCAGCACAGGCUUUGACUGUCACACCUCACCAGUGUUUAGCCCCGCUAACCCUGAAAGCUCCAUAGAAGACUGCUUGGCCCAUCUUGGAGAAAGAGUGUCACAAGAUCUGAAAGAGCCUUUGCAGAAAGCAUUGCAGACGAUCCUCAGCCAGCCAGUGACAUAUGAGGCAUAUCGUGAAUGUACAGUGGAGACUGCAGUCCAUGCCAGCGGAUGGAAUAAGCUUUUGGUACCUCUAGUUUUGCUACAACAAAUGCUUUUGGAAUUGACGCGACGUGGUCAAGAGCCUUUGAGUCUGCUGCUACAGUUUGGUGUGACGUAUCUGGAGGACCACGCAGCAGAGUUCGUCGUUCAGCAAGGUGGCUGGGGCACUGUCUUUAGUCUUGAGUCUGAGGAGGAGGAAUACCCUGGAAUCAUGGCGGAAGAUAGCAAUGACAUUUAUAUAUUGCCCAGUGACAACUCCGGACAAGUUAGUCCCCCUGAGUCUCCAACAGUGACAACGUCUUGGCAGUCGGAGAGCCUGCCUGUCUCACUGUCUGCUAGCCAGAGCUGGCACACAGAGAGCCUCCCGGUGUCCCUUGGGCCUGAGUCCUGGCAGCAGAUCGCAAUAGAUCCUGAGGAAGUGAAGAGCUUAGACAGCAGCGGGGCUGGGGAGAAGAGUGAGAACAACUCGUCUAACUCUGACAUCGUGCACGUGGAGAAGGAGGAGGUACCAGAGGAGGCAUUCCCGGGAGCGGCUGCUCCCAUGCUCCCACUGGUCCCUACUGUGGAAGCCCCAGAAUUGAUGAGAGUUGAGAAAACCAGCCCCACUCCGUCUGUGUUUGUGGAGCUUGGCGAGGAAGAGCUGGAAGCAGUGACAGUGAGACCCGAUGCUGUGGAGACGGUGGAGGGGGCCGCUCAGCCGAGUGAGGAGGGGGCUGGGAGCAGGAAAAAGAGCCACACUGGGGAGGCCACUGUCGUCAGGGGGGCAAAGAGUAGCCUGCCCGCCCAGGGCAAGGCCGUACUGCUCUUUGGAGGGGCUGCUGCAGUGGCUGUCCUGGCUGUGGCAGUUGGAGUGGCACUGGCUUUAAGAAAGAAGUAACAGUCUUUUCAGACGAGAGACGAGACAAAAAGACCUACGGCUUUAGUUGUAUUCACUGGAACUUAGACUGCCAGCAACUGACUGGACAUUUAUAGGACACUGGGGGAAUUGGGCUUUCGGCUCAGCGUGGCAAUGGCUUGAGACAGUGUUCACAUUGGCCUGGUUGUCAUUUUAAAGGCCUUGGCUCAUGCUAGAUUGAGAAGGGCAAGAGUGAAGUUCCCACCUCCAACAGGUUAGUCAACUUGGGCACCAUGGGCUUUCAGUAAUUCUCUGUAGGAGGCUGCCCUGUGCAUUUUGUAAUGAUUGGCAACAUCCCUGCCUUCUACCCACUAGAUGCCACUGGCACCCCACUUGCAGUGAUGGUAGCCAAAAAUGUCUCCUACAUUGCCAAAUGUCCCCUGUGGACAAAGUCAUCUCCCUUUUGAGGGCCACUGCUUUAAGGGAUAGGUUCAAUUAGGAGAAUCUGGGGGAGGAGGCUGCAGCUGGGACUUCCAGCUGUUCAUCCUGCUGCAGCUGGGACUUCCAGCUGUUCAUCCUGCUGCAGCUGGGACUGCCAGCUGUUCAUCCUGCUGCAGCUGGGACUGCCAGCUGUUCAUCCUGCUGCAGCUGGGACUGCCAGCUGUUCAUCCUGCUGCAGCUGGGACUGCCAGCUGUUCAUCCUGUUGCAGUUUCUCAGGACAGGUGAGCUGACUGUGCUCUGCAGCUGUUUUUUUUUCUAGUCCCCAUUCUGUAUCGUGGUGCUCUCCCGCAUCACACCGCCUCUCAGGUACUGCAGCAGCGCAGUGUCUCAGCCUGUACCUCUUUCACACCCAACAAGCUCCUGAAGCUUCCCAUGGCUCCACCUUUCGAAGAUGAUGCCUUUAGGGACCUUUUAAAUGAUACAUACCCUGUCCAGGUGCGGUGGCACUUGCCUGUAAUCCCAGCAUUUAGGAAUCAGAGGCAAAGAGAUUAUCCCAAGUUCAAAGCUAGCCUGGUAUACAUACCAAGACCAUUCGGUCUGUAUGGUGGAACCUUGACCCAAGAAAAGGGAUAAAUACACUGAAGCUGCAUAGGAAACUUAGGGUUCCCUAGUCUGAAUGCAGGGUAGAGGCUGCAGUCAGUGGUCUUAGAGGCUGGAAGGUGGUCGACAUGACCCGUCGAGGUCUAUUUGACCUCUUACCAGUAUAGCCAGCCAGCCACCCCACGUGCCUAUGAUUUAGCAUUGACACCUCUGCUGGCAUACGUGCCAUCCAGAGCCUGGAUUAGUGUGUCUCCCACUACCUGUUCUCGGGCGUUGGAAUCUCCUCAGCUUCUCUGUGGGUCUCUGUGUGGAGACAGCAGUGUCAACCUUUGGCUACAGAACCAGUUGGGUCAUACCCCUUAUUCAAUGUAAAUCAUGAAAUAAAUGAGGAAGUUGUAUCAUUUAUUACUAGGUAUCACUUAAAUGAAAAGUGGGACAGAAACUUGAAUUAAAGACCAAGACUGCUGCAGAAGCUCUGGCUCGGUCUUCAGCAUCCAAGAGACUUCUUGGCCUGAACUCGGCCCAGUGCCAGGGCAGCAGACCCAGAGGACCCCGUGCACUCUCUGUAGCUAGCGGGGGCUCAGCAGAGUCUUGUGUCACCUGGCUGAUCUUAGCCUUCAAGGAGGGGUGGGACCCGUCUAUCUAAUGCCUGAGGGCACAGUGCCACCCUGCAAGGCACACAUGCUUGAUAAGAAGUCAUCUCAGAUUUAUCUCAGUCAUGUACCAUUACUUCUUAGAUCCUGAAAUUUAUAAUAAAAAUACUUUUAACUACUCUAAUCACCAA